UAAGCCACCAAACUAGGCAUUUCUGAAUACCAAUAUAGUAUAAGCUUUGUUAAAGAGUUCAAUUAAGUUUCUUCUUUGCCCUUUCUAAAGCUAGCUAGACAUUAUUCCAUCUCUCUUAGCAACUCGUCAAUUAAACUCAAUGGAAGCAACGAAAGGAUUUGUAUCUCCAACUUCAUGCAAAUGUGAUGAUGGACACCUAGUUACCGUGCUUAGUAUUGAUGGUGGCGGCAUUCGGGGAAUCAUUCCAGGAAUUAUACUUGGUUUCCUCGAAUCAGAACUUCAGAAGCUUGAUGGUGAUCAUGUAAGAUUGGCAGAUUACUUUGAUGUGAUUGCGGGAACAAGUACUGGAGGAUUAGUGACUGCAAUGCUCACUGCUCCAGAUGAAAAUAACCGACCCUUGUAUGCAGCCAAGGAUAUUAAGGAUUUCUACCUUGAUCAUACCCCUAAAAUCUUCCCACAAAAUAACAAUUUAUUCUCACCUAUCCUGAAGUUGGGCAGAACCCUGUUUGGACCACAGUACAACGGCAAGUACUUACACAAGCUUAUCAGGGAGAAACUGGGAGACACAAAAUUGCACCAAACAUUGACCAAUGUCGUCAUCCCAGCAUUUGACAUCAAGCACCUUCAACCCGCCAUCUUUUCCAGCUUCCAGCUGAAAAAGAGACCCGAUUUGAAUGCAUCUUUGUCGGAUAUAUGCAUUUCAACUUCAGCUGCUCCAACAUAUCUUCCAGCUCAUUCCUUUGAAACCAAGACUCACCACGGUGUCAGCAAAUUCGACCUUAUAGACGGUGGCGUCGCUGCAAAUAAUCCGGCUUUGGUAGCCAUGGCGGAAGUGACGAAUCGAAUUAGCCAUGAAGGGCAAUGUAAUAGCUUAAAUGUGAAACCAAUGCAAUACGAUCGAUUUUUGGUGAUAUCGUUGGGAACAGGUUCUCAGCAAAAGGAAAUGAAAUACAGUGCAGAUGAGGCAGCUCAAUGGGGCAUCUUUAGUUGGGUAACUACAACCAAUGGUGGCACCCCUUUAAUUGAUGCCUUUAGCCAUGCAAGUUCAGACAUGGUUGACUUUCACAUCACCUCCCUUUUCCAAGCACUCAAUUCUGAACAUAACUAUCUCCGUAUCCAGGACGAUUCAUUAAAUGGGGACAUGUCUUCGGUAGACUUGGCCACGGAGAAGAAUUUGAAUGAUCUCGUGAAAGUUGGGGAGUCAUUGUUAAAGAAACCAGUUUCAAAGAUUAACUUGCAGACUGGCGUUCACGAACCUGUUAACUCUCAUGAAACAAAUGGAGAAGCCUUGAAGAGGUUUGCGGAACGACUAUCCAAACAGAGGAGAUUUCGUAAAUCUCAAAUGUCUGCCAAUGGGAAUCUUUAGAAGUCGAAAGGAUAAGAAUCGUGUGAUAAAUAUGAUUGGUGUUGUGAUAAAUAUGUAAUUUAAAGCCUAAUUAUGGUGCAUGUGCUGCUGGGUCAAAAUUUCCAUUGUAGUCAUCCUUAUGUCUUUGUACUGAUCAUAAUAAAUUGAGUGUCCCUACAAACUUACAUCAUGUGAUGUAAACGCUGUGUGUUUGUUUUUAUGUUACAAAAUGCUUUGUAAUUUAAUCUUUUUGGUUUGUAUCACUGAAAGUGUAUUUCAUUUGGGUUACACUAUAUACUUUUUAAUUAAGGUCACUUCUAAGUA